AUGCCUUCACAGGAAAUAGGGGUGCCAAUCCCAAAUCUACCACAUGCUGUUUCUGUGACUUUACCAACAUGGGAAGCAACUGUUGGAUAUGAAGAAGGUGAAGAUUGGGUAGUUUCGAAAAUGAAUUCAGGUUAUCCACGAUUCUUUAUUCAUUCGUCAAUUCAAAAAUUGUGCUCCAAUUUAGAAAAAAAAUAUGGUCGAGAUGGGGAAAGAUGUAUGUGUUUCCCAAGUUAUAAAGUAGCUAAACGAUGUCGUGAAUUUAUUAAAACUCAUACUAUUAAUCCAACAUCAUUUAAGAUUCGAGUAUUACAAUUGAGCACACUUGAACCAACCAAUGAUAAUGAAAAAUCCACUAGGAUAGGAGCCACUAUUGGGGUGGUUUUUUUCCCUAGAUCAGAAUACCAUUUGGCAAAGAAUUAUUGGCAACAUUCGGGUGAAGGUAUUUCAUCAAGAAUGGGGGAAUAUAUCUUAAAGGAAUUAUUUGAAAAAGAUAAUGAUAAUUCAAAUGGUACUGAUGUUUCUAAGUUGAAAGGAAACCUCAAACAAGAACUCCAAUCUUUACAAAUUCAAAGUCGUUCUCCCUCAAUUUCUGCAUCUCGAGCAUCUAGUGCUUCUGGAUAUAAUAUCGAUGAUGUUAAUCGUGAUUUUGAUUCGUUUAUUGAACAAAAAUAUGGUCGAGUUUUAGAUUUGAAAUUUGCCAAUGAAGCAAAAGCAGCUUUGAGAAGAAGAAUUGCUGGUAAGGCAGAUAAAUCAACUGAACGACUUGAAGAAUUAGAAAGGGCGAAAAGAGGUAAACAUUUAAAUGAAAAUGAUGUAUAUUUAUUUCCUUCAGGGAUGGCAUCUAUAUUUUAUGCUCAUCAUGCAUUACUCAAUAUUUCCAAACAACCUAAAAAAUCUGUUUGUUUUGGAUUCCCUUAUGUUGAUACUUUGAAUAUAUUGAAGAAAUUUGGUCCAGGGGUACAUUUCCUUGGAUUAGGUGAUGAUGCAUCUUUAGAUAAAUUGGAAGAAGAAUUAAGUCAAGGAUUGGAUAUAUUGGCACUUUUCUGUGAAUGCCCAUCAAAUCCACUUUUGAAAACUCCAAAUUUAAAUAGAAUAAGACAAUUGGCCGAUAAAUAUAAUUUUGCCAUUGUUAUAGAUGAAACUGUUGGUAAUUUCAUUAAUAUUCAUGUGUUACCAUUUGCUGAUAUGGUGGCAUCUUCAUUAACUAAAGUAUUUUCAGGUGAUUCAAAUGUUUUAGGUGGAUCUUUAAUAUUGAAUCCAGAUUCUAAAUAUUAUAAUAUUUUGAAACAAUUUUUCAAUAAAGAAUAUGAAGAUUUAUUUUGGGCUGAAGAUGCUCUUUGGUUAGAACGUAAUUCACGUGAUUUCGUUGAAAGGGUACAUAAAAUUGAUGAUACUUCGGAAAAAGUGGUUGCAUUACUCCAAAAGAGUCCAUUAAUUUCUCAAAUUUAUUAUCCUAGUGUUUCUGAUACGAAAAAAUAUUAUGAUGUCAUAAAGAAUGAAGGUGGUGGAUAUGGAGGAUUGAUAUCAUUUUUGUUUAAACAACCUCAACAAGCUGUCAAAUUUUUCAAUGCAGUAAAUCUUCACAAGGGACCUUCUUUAGGUACAAAUUUCACUUUGGCAUGUCCUUAUGCUAUAUUAGCUCAUUAUCAAGAAUUAGAUGAGAUUUCUCAAUGGGGAGUCGAUAGAAAUUUGAUCCGUAUAAGUAUUGGAUUAGAAGACCCCAUUGAAUUGUUAGAUGUAUUACAAAAAAGUUUGGAUGAAAGUAUAUAG